CGGAAGCCCCGCCCCUGCAGCUGUCACCGCAACAGUCACGCCUCCCGUUUUGCCGGUUAACUUAUAACUUCUUUGUUGUUUUAUUCAGCUCAAUAUAUCUCUUCCAAAUCAGAAGCAUGUACUCCACACACGAUGAAUAUGUCAAACCGUGGUGAAUUGAGUUGAAAUUAGAGCACAAAGAGGCGGUGAAGCUGGGGGUUUAGCGCCAAGUUAAAUCCACUCCUCUCUGACGUUGAUGCUUCAAGUCAUCUGUUCUUCUGUGCAAGGCGCCAGCUCAGAGGAACUAGCCCGGCCUGGAGACACACACACACUCGCACAGACAGCACCCCGAGUUCGAACAACAGGCGGUGAAGUUACACAUCCCUCGUAUUUCUUUUCUAGACGUGGCUAAGAGUGAACUUCAAGGACAGAAUCUUGAGGUUUACUCCCAAACUGACACACAUCCCUCAGAGUAUAAUGCGAGGACAACGGGAAGAGACAGAACCGAGGUCUGUUGCUCCCAAGGCACCCGAAGAAACUACAGUGCGACCGAGAAAGAGGAAGGCAGAUGUUGCCAUUUAUUUACAAGAUCUGGAUGAGGAGGUCGCAGAGAUGACGAAGAAGAAGCAGCAGCGUGAAUGUGAGCUGGGCUGGCGUCCUGAUGCUGGGUACACAAGCCCACAGAGGUGGAUUCCCACACCUGAUCAGGAAGAGAUUGCCCUGAUAAACGCAGGUUUCCCCCACUACAACUUUAACAACGUAUUUGUAACACCGGUGCGUUGCGCCCCGCUUCCUGCGUUGUGCUGGGCCAGUAAGGAUGUGGUAUGGAACAACAUGUUGGAGAAGGAUAAGACCUACACCAGGGAUGUCCAUGUGAUGGAGAAACAUCCUCAUCUGCAGCCCAAGAUGAGGGCAAUUCUCCUGGACUGGCUCAUGGAGGUGAGUGAAGUGUACAAACUGCACAGGGAGUCGUACCACCUCGCUCAAGACUACUUUGAUCGCUUCAUGGCCACACAGAGAAACGUCUUCAAAUCAACGCUGCAGCUCAUAGGCAUCACCUGUCUCUUCAUCGCUGCCAAAGUAGAGGAGAUGUAUCCUCCCAAGGUCCACCAGUUUGCCUACGUUACAGAUGAAGCCUGCACUGAAGAUGAGAUUCUCAGUAUGGAAAUCAUUAUUAUGAAGGAGCUGAAGUGGAGUCUCAGCCCUCAGACUCCCAUCUCCUGGCUCAAUGUUUACAUGCAAGUGGCCUACCUGAAAGAGACAGACGAGCUGCUCAUCCCCAAAUACCCCCAGACUACUUUUACACAAAUUGCAGAGUUGUUGGACCUGUGUAUGCUCGAUGUGCGUUGCCUUGAGUUUUCUAAUGGCAUCCUCGCUGCUUCAGCCCUGUUUCACUUCUCUUCUCUGGAGCUGGUGGAAAACGUCUCAGCUCUGAAGAGGGUGGAGGUAGAGGAGUGCGUGAGGUGGAUGGUGCCAUUUGCCAUGGCGCUGCGGGAGGUCGGUGGCUCGUCCAUGAAGACUUUCACGGGAAUCCCUGCAGAUGACAUGCACAACAUCCAGACCCAUGCUUCCUACAUUACGUGGCUGGACAAGGCCAGCUCUUACCAGGAUGCAGAAUUGAAGCAGCACGGCAACUGUCCGGUACCUUCCGGCGUCCUGACCCCCCCCCAAAGCAGUGAGAAAACUGAAGAGUUGGUCCGAGUGGAUACCGCAGUGCUGAAAAUCAGGCCCAGGAUUGGUGCUCCAUCCGUGCAAUGCCGCCUCAAAAGUAGUGAAGCAAACACUGAAACUGACAAGACGGCAAUUGCUAAUUAGAUUUAUUUUUUUACAUCAUAGUUGAAAGAGGAAGAAAAGCAACUCCACUGUGUUGACUCUGAACAGCAACACCCUUGCAGAUGGAUUUUCACUGGGGAGUCAUUGAUGGAAAUGGUAUUUUCUCCUAAGUCAUGGUGAUUCCUUGGAUCCAGAUGCUUUUUAAAUGUCUCUGUAGUGGGUGCAUGCAGGGACUUUGACUAAAUUGGGGAAAACACUGACACACAGCGAGGAUAGUUUGGAUGGGCCCCUAUCCCCACAGGAAUCUUACCUAUUUAAACCUUCAGUUUAGAUGAAAUCGCAAAGGGCUGUACAGGAUGGGACGGCUCCAGAGUUUCUCUUUUUGAAUAUCAUUGCACCCAAAUGGUUGCAUUAAUUACCAACCAAACCUACGUGGCAUGGUUGUCGUUUUUUAUUUUCUAUGCAGAGGCCAAAUUGAAUGGACAUUUUUAUGGUUUCUCUACUUGAUUUUAGAGUUUGUGUGGGUGGGUGUGUGUGUGUUUUUGUGCUGUUUUGAUAUUAGUGGCCUCAUUCGCCCAAAAACUAUUCCUAGGGUCAUAUUUGGCUCUCUGUGCUGCUAUAAAAGUGGGCUUUGCAUGAUGGAGGGGGGAGUGUGAGUUUGUGUGUGUGUGUGUGUGUGUGUGUGUGAGAGAGAGAGAGAGAGUGAGAUGAAUGGCGUGUUGCUCCUGUUUUAUGUUUCUACUCAACGCCAUUUUGUCAGACAAAGCAUGGCCAUGUUUUGCGUAGGGACCAGUAGCUUGGCUACCUAAAUGGAGUGAACCAGCCAGGCUUUAGAAGCUAAAGUAUUGAUUGUAUUUAACUUUUGUUUUUAUCUCAACCUGCGGUGUGUUUCCCCACCACCAAAAUGUAAAUCUAUUUGAUGUUUUAAAAUAAAAUGCUGCUACAUAUUUUCCAUUAAAGACCAUUUCUGAGGACUUUUAAUUAAACAAAAUGUUAUACAUUUUCA